GCCCAUCUGCUCCUGGCAGCAGCCUGUGCCUCCUGUCUCCUGCAGCCACCUGGGGAGGCUCCCUGACAAGGGCAGUUUCCAUCAGCUCUCACGUCAGGACCCCCCCGGUGAGGUGUGCGAGGCAGCGCCUGCUGGGGCCCAGCAGCCACACGGGGAGUGGAUGGAGGAUGCUGCUCCCACCGCGUACCUGUCGGCUUCUUCGGCUCUGCUGACCAAGCGCCCUCCACCUCUGGCCUGCACCCUGUCAGCAGACCCUCAAGAAGACCGACCUGACUUGCAGAGAAUCCCUCUGGGCACCGUUGCUGGGAGCUUACCUCUAGGUAACUCCGGUUUGGCAUCCCCCAUCUCAGGCCUUGUCCGCACAAGUUGUCCCAUUUCGUUCCUCUGCCAGUGGUGGAAGAUUACCAAGGCCUUGUUCUUCACCUCAUCACAGCACGAGUCCCACCACGAGCACCUGUCCCACCACCCACCGGAGGCCUCCUUCUCGGGAGCACCCCCAGACAGGCAGGUAGAGGCUGGUAGCCCCUCAUUUGUCAACGCUGAGGUCCAGAAGAUGCUGAACAUACAGAUCACCCAAAGAGUAGAACUGAUGAUUGGGAAGAAGAAAGAAAAGGAUGUGUCAUUUUUGAAACAGCUGAGCUCAGACUACCACCUGAACUCUUCAGGGAAUACGUGGAAAUCACUGGGUGCUGAGCGGGACACCACAACCUCCCAAUCCCUCUGGACCCUGAAAGACAAACCAGAGCAGCUGCCCGGUUCUCAGCAGCUCUCCUAUCCCAAGGCCUUGGGGGACCAUUUACAGCAGAAAUGCAGCCAGCUCUACUGGGGUCUCCCCUCUCUGCACAGCGAGUCCCUGGUGGCUACUGCCUUGGUCUCUAGGAGCUCUUCUCAACUACAGGCCCCCUCCGUUUUAUUCAAUGGCAUCUCUAAUCGCUUUCCAGUUCCCAUCUGGCCUGAAAUACCUUCACGGCUUUCCCAGGCCCCACCCUUGCCCUAUCCUGGGGCCCAACCUCAACCUUUGACUCCAAACUUGCCCCAGUUCCAGCCCCCACCUCUGCCCCAGACCCAGACCCAGGCCCAUCUGGCAUCCUCUCCCCCAACCCGAACACCUUCUUCUCCACUUCAGAUGAGGACCUGUGGGGUAUCUUGCCCGACACACCAGAAUAAGACACAAUCUUUCAUCCCAACUAAAAUACACCUGGAAUUGUUCUCGCUGCAGAAGCAACUGAAAAGGGAGAGGGCUUUACCCUCUGUGGUAAAAAGAUCUGAAGAAGUCUUUAGCCAACUGAUUCCCAAUCUUCCCCAAGACAGUGGGGCCUCCCAUGCCCACAAGUCAGUUUCCACCCUUCAUGGGGACUUGAUCAGCCCUAAUCUCCAAAAGCAACAUCUUCAAAAGAGGCUCAUCAAAGAUGAACACCAGGAUGUCCUGCCCCACAGGAUCCAAGUGUCUCUGGAACUGAUGCAGCCUCAGAAUGAAUUCCCAGGGGCUUAUCAGGCACAGGGCAAGCAGGAGCCCUCACAGCCCUCUGCAUUUGUAGACGAAAGCAGCCAGGACACACAGAAAAUGUGGUCCAGGUGCCCUAGAAAGUCCCAUGGGAGGAGUGAAUUAAAGUUCCAGGUAGGGAAGGCCGUUAGCAGAGGUCUAGGGAAAUGUCUGAAGGGGAUCCCAGAUCUCUCCAGGGGCUCAGCCAGCUUCCCAGCGAAGGUUCCGGGAAUGAACUCUGAGGAGUCAGAAAGAUACUUGAUGAGGCCCUCGAAGACGGACUCAGGAAAUUGCUUACCCAGGGACCCAGAUAAGAAACAUCUAGAAAAAAUCUUGAAAGUCCAUUUGGGCAUGAAGUCAGUGCAGAUCAAGGAGGGUUUGAUCCCUGUGAGCGUGCGUCAGUCAUGGCUUGCUGCCAACUAUGUUUGUCCCAAGUCCCACAUUCACAUGGAAACAGGAAAUCCAGCAUCCUUGAAGGGUCCGGAACGCUGUGUGAACACCUCCUGUGAGCACUCUGUCCUCAGUCCACACACUCGACAGGUGCUGGAAGCGCAUAUUAUAAAGCUUCAAGUGAAACAUCAGUGGGGCCUACCCCUCAAGGUCCUCAAGUCCAUAAAAGUCUUUAAGUUGAAAAAGGUUCAACCCUCGCCCCUUCCACGGUCUGCCUUUCCCCCCUCAACUGCCUGUGUAUCUGGGGCCCACUCAAAAGCCAACUUCACCAAGGUCUUGGGAAAACCUCUUCAGCCCCGACAAAGAGAAAAACUGAUAACAAAAGAGUCCAUUCCCACCCUGGCGAGUCCCCUCCCUGCCCCCUCACCUGUAUGUGAAGAAAUCCAGAAGGCCUUAGGAGGCACACCACCUGGUGAUGGGCCCUCAGAGGCCCCUCUUACUGGACAAGAGGGCAGGCCACCUUCUCAGUCCCUCACAUGCAGCCUUGUGGGCAGAAACUGGCACAGUGAGAUCGUCAUGGGGGCCGAGAAAGGCAGCCCGGAGCCGAGUCCAAGUUCAGCAACGGCCAGGAAUGAGCCAAGGUUGGAGAGUGGGGAUCAGGCCUCACGAGACCCCUGCCGUAGUUCCAGUCCCCAGAAGGAAUGCACCAGUGGGGACACCCCAGCUUCCCAGGUGCCAUAUGACUUCACAUCGAGUGCACGGAGAAGCCGGGGUCAGCAGGAGCCCAGGACACCAAAAGUUAAGGACCCACAUGAGAGCCAGAGCAAGAUAUUUGCCCAAACUGACAAGAGGGCUGACUGUAGGAGGCCCAAACCAGGAGAGACCGAGGAGAGCUAUGACUGUGCGGUGCUCACCAUCUGA